UUAUAAAAGGAGGAAGCAACCCCCACCAAGAGGUGAGGGGGUCCCAUUCCCAAACACUCUUCAGGGAAAAUGUUGCUUAGGACCCUUUGUGUUCUCCUCUUGGUUGUAAGUGGGCACAGCAACAUUUUCCCUUUCCCAUUCCCUUUCCCCAAUCCUCGUUUUGGUUUGGAUGAUCCUACGGACGACACGCCUAUUGAAACCGACCCCUUCAAAGGGAGUGGAGCCGACCCCGAACCCUUUGGAGCUGAUCCCUUUGAAACCAAACCAGACGUUGACUCUGUCGAAACCAAACUAGACUCCGACCAAAUCAAAACUAAACCUGUCAAGAGCAAUUUCAAGGGAAAAUGGGAGUUGUUCACGGACAACUCGGGCGUCUCCGCCAUGCAUUUGAUCUUGCUCCCCAAGGUCAAUAAGGUCCUCAUUUUUGAUUCCACCAUUUGGCUCAAAUCUAACAUCAAGUUGGAUAAUCCAUGCCGUGUUGUCGACGAGGGCAAAGGACCAGUGCAUGAUUGUUAUGCUCAUGCAGUCUUGCUCGACAUUGAGACAGCAUCACUUACCCCUCUCAGGCUUCAUUACGAUACGUGGUGUUCCUCUGGUGCUCUUUCCGUAGAUGGAACCCUAGUAAGCACAGGCGGUUUCAGGAAUGGGUCCGACACAGCUAGAUAUCUCGGCUUGUGUGAUGAUUGCCAAUGGAGGGAAUAUCCAGGGACACUCGCCAAUGGAAGAUGGUACUCGACACAGGUAACUUUGGCUGACGGUAGGUUUAUGGUGUUCGGUGGCCGAGAGAGUCCAAACUAUGAAUUUCUUCCGGUGGAAGGACAACGCAACACUAAGCCCAUCCUUUUCCCUUUCCUGGUAGAAACUAAGGACCCUGUCGAGAACAAUUUGUACCCUUUCGUCUACCUCUCCACCGACGGUAAUCUCUUUGUUUUUGCCAAUAAUCGGUCAAUUCUAUUGAAUCCCAACACACAAAAGAUCGUCCACGAGUUCCCAGUUCUCCCUGGUGGCUCCCGCAACUACCCUGCAUCCGCUUCAUCGGUCCUCCUCCCAAUUGUGCUUAGGCCUAAUGAAAACCGCGCUAGAGUCAAGGCUGAGGUGUUAAUAUGUGGAGGGGCGCAACAUGAUGCGUUUUACUGGGCAGAUCAACACAAACCCAAAAUUUUUAACCCUGCUAUUGAUGACUGUGGAAGAAUCGACAUUACGACCAAGAAACCUGCUUGGAAGAUUGAAAAGAUGCCAUCACGGCGCAUUCUAGGUGAUGCAAUGAUUCUUCCGACCGGAGAUGUGCUGCUACUUAACGGUGCCAAGGCAGGUUCGGCUGGAUGGGAUGAUGCAAGGGAGCCGAAUUUUACCCCUGUUAUGUACAGAAAAUCUACAACUGAGCGAUUUAGAGAACUAAAGCCGUCGAAAAUUGCUCGGUUGUACCACUCAACCUCUGCAUUACUUCCAGAUGGGAAAAUCAUGGUGGCUGGAAGCAACACCAACAACGGUUACGUUUACGAUGCUCUGUUCCCCACCGAGCUUCGUGUGGAGAAAUUUUCCCCUCCUUAUUUAGACCCGGCAAAUUCCAAGUGGAGAGUGGAGAUCGUGGAGGGUACCACCACCAGUAUGAAGUACGGAAGCGAGGUGACGGUUCAAGUUAGUACUCCGUUGGAUGAAUUGGACAAGAGCAAGAUUCAGGUGACAAUGUAUGCACCGGCUUUCACCACACACGGGAUCUCCAUGAACCAGAGGCUGGUUCAAUUGGGAGUCGUUGAGAUCACCAACGAUGGGGCCGGUACCUACAACAUCGUCGCCACCGGACCUCCUUCCGGUAACAUUGCUCCUCCUGGUUACUACAUGCUCUUUGUGGUUCACAAGGGCGUCCCAAGUGUUGCUGUGUGGGUUCAGAUAAAAUAAGCCCGGCAACGGCUGUCGCGGCUAUACUAAUUUAUUACUUUAGUUUGGUGAUUCAUCUUGUCCACAUUGCUAAUGCUAAUUGGUAUCCAUGUAAGACUUAUGCAAUAAUUCAAACUGAGAAGUAAACACAGGCGAUAUAUUCAUAUAUUUCGUUUAUCUUACUCAUUACAUAGAAGAUAGAAAUGAAAGGGCUAAUAAUCAUUUCUUUCUUCU